CAGCCACUGGCACUGACAGUGAAACUGCAGACAGCACAUCCAACGGCUCUCCUGCAACAACAAGCGGCCAGGAGGCACAGUACUGCAUUGUGAAUUUCUACCACCUCACUGACGUUGACCACCCUUUCAAGACGCUGCGGGAGCACCAGAAGUGGAUGCUGGGGCGGGACAUCCAGGGGCGCAUAUACAUCAGCGCUCAGGGAAUUAAUGCGCAGUACAGCGGCCUCCAAAGGGACGCGCUUGAAUACGCUCACUGGGUCAGCCAGCGACCUGGCUUUGAGGGCCUGAGGUGGAUGGCAGAGGAGUGUGAGGGGCACCUGUUUCCGAAGCUGCGCCUGAAGAUACGCCCCAACCUGGUGCAGCUGUCCGGAGGCACACGCGACCUGCCCAUCACCGACCCCCAGGCCAGGGCCACACCGCUGACUCCCAGCGAGUGGCAGGAGAUGCUGCGCAGCGCCAUGGCGCCCGCCACCCUCGGGGCCGGCGGUGGGGCACCCGGGGGGAUCUCAGGGGGCGCAAGCGGGGGGAAUCUGGGGGGCCCCAGUGCUGGAGGGAACGCUCAGGAGGUCGUGGUCCUGGACGUCCGCAACGCGUACGAAUGGGAUGCCGGGCACUUUGUCGGCGCGCAGCGACCGCUAGAGGACCACUUCAACGAGACACCCACGGACGCGUCAGGGGAUGCGGCGCUGCCGGCGUAUCUUCAGGGCGUGUCGCCGGACGCCCCCGUCAUGAUGUACUGCACCGGGGGUAUCCGCUGCGAUAUCUACUCAACCUACUUGCGCCGCAAGGCACGCAGCCCACCGCAGGGCUUCAGGAACCUGUACACGCUGGAGAAGGGCAUCCAGAACUACAUGAGUGAAAAGGGCGAUGAUCUGUGGAACGGCAGCCUCUUUGUCUUCGAUGCACGCAUGGCAGUCGGCCCAGGUGAUCCCGCCAUUGUCAAAUACAUGUGCGGGGGGACUGCGGAGCUGCCGCAUGCCAACUGCGCCAACAUUGACUGUAACAAGCUCUUUCUCGCCUGCCCCGUCUGCAAGACGAAGCACGGCGGGUGCUGCUGCGAACAAUGCACGCGCACCUCGCGACUAAUCCGC